CUAAGCGAUCGAAGUGCCUUUACCACGCAGGACAUGAUCAAGGAGAUGAAGCGGCGGAGCACCACAAACGCCUCCUGUGCCAAUGCCACCUUCGUCCACCUCGCCCUGCUUCUACUCGUCGCUGCCUCCCCGUCCUUCCUCCAACAUUGCCUCGCGAGGAGAGAAUCCCAUCAUCGGCCACCGCCAGCUCCGGUCAUGCCGCCGCCGCCGCCACCGUCGGCGGCGACCUUCAGCGUGCUGGACUACGGCGCCGCGGGCGAUGGCGCCACGGACGACACCAAGGCGUUCGCCGACGCCUGGUCGGCGGCGUGCGCCGGUGGCGCGCCGACGGUGCUGGUGCCGGCGAGCUACGUGUUCCUCGUCGGCCCCAUCACGUUCACGGGCGACUCUUGCGAGCCCAACAUGGUCUUUCAGGUGGACGGCACAAUUCUCGCCCACACAGGCUCAACUGCAUGGCGCUCCGGGGUUUUGACGCAGUGGCUGGAGUUCAAGAACGUCCGGGGGCUCACCAUCCAAGGUCGCGGCACCGUCGACGGCCAGGGCAGCCACUGGUGGAGCGGCGGUUCUGUCGCCGGCGACGCCGAGAUGGAGCUGGACUCUGAUCGUGCCGAAACAAGCAACAGACCUACAGCUGUGAAGGUGUUCCAGGGCGCCAGCGUCACCGUGGCGGGGAUAACGAUCAGGAACAGCCCCAGGUUCCACCUCACCUUCGACACCUGCCGUGCCGUCGAGGUGCACGACGUCACCGUGUCGUCGCCCGGCGACAGCCCCAACACCGACGGCAUCCACCUCGCCGGCUCCGUCGGCGUCUCCAUCCACCACUCCACCAUCGCCUGCGGUGACGACUGCAUCUCCAUACAGGACGGCUGCUCCGACGUGUUCAUCCGCAGCGUGCACUGCGGGCCGGGCCACGGCAUCAGCAUCGGCGGGCUCGGGAAGGGCGGCGCAUCGGCGGCCGUCUCCGACGUCACCGUGCAGGACGUCACGCUGAAGCAGACGAUGACUGGCGUCCGGAUCAAGACCUGGCAGGGUGGGUCGGGGUCGGUCAGGAACGUGCGCUUCUCCGGCGUGCGGGUGUCGGCCGUGAAGACGCCGGUGGUGAUCGACCAGUACUACUGCGACCACACGACGUGCGCCAACCAGACGUCGGCGGUGGCCGUGGCGGGCGUGGCGUACCAGGGCGUCGCGGGCACGUACACCGAGCGGCCGGUGUACCUGGCGUGCAGCGACGCCGCACCGUGCUCGGGGGUCCACCUCGCCGACUUCCAGCUCGCGCCGGUGGAGGACGGCGGCGGCGACCACCCCCACGGGCCCUUCUGCUGGAAGGCGUACGGCGACCAAGUGAAGCCCGUUGAGCCGCCGGUUGACUGCCUACUGGCCGGAGCUCCAUGAACGACUGGCAGUCCUCACGGUUUGACAUUUAGAAAUGGACACAAUGGUAUAGAAAAUGCGUUUUGAUUGUGUUCAAAAGUGCGAUCGCCGCGAGUAAUCGUUUAGGCAAGCUAGUAUUUAAAAUAUGACGACAGAUUUAUGUUUAAGGUUGGUCAUGGAUAGGAAAUCUGCUCGCGAUGUAACAUAUCUAUUUUAUUUUUAAAGGAUGGUUAACCUCUGUAUCUUA